UAAAACCAACAUGGCGUCACGUUUUGCGAAGUUCUGUUUGCAUAAUUUUCGCCUUCAAUCCUCUCCAGGCAAAGCAGUUCUAGGUCAAAGAUCACAUAUUUUGAUUCGAGGCUUGUCCACAAAUUCUGAUAUUAAGUACGAUAGACUUGUAGUUGAACCAACCAAGUCUCCAAAAUCAAAAUUAGACUAUAAUACAUUAGUCUUUGGUGCAGAGUUUACAGAUCACAUGCUCAGUAUUGAAUGGACAGCAGAGAAUGGCUGGGCUGAUCCAAAAAUUAAACCAUACCAAAACUUGUCAUUACCGCCAUCCUGCUCUGUCUUUCACUAUGCAAUGGAGAUUUUUGAAGGCAUGAAGGCAUACAGGGGAGAUGAUAACAAGAUUAGAUUAUUUAGACCCAUGGAGAACAUGAGAAGAAUGAACAGAUCAGCUGACAGAGCUUGUCUACCUGGUUUUGAUGGUGAAGAACUUGUCAAGUGCAUAAAACAUCUAAUAAGCAUCGAAAGAGAAUGGGUUCCAUAUUCAAACAAGUGUUCCUUGUAUGUUAGACCAACUCUUAUAGCCACACAGCCCACCCUUGGUGUAAACAAGUCAUCCUCUGCCCUGCUGUAUGUUAUCUUGUCUCCUGUUGGACCAUACUUCAAGACAGGAACAUUCAGUCCUGUUGCACUGCUAGCUGAUCCUUCUUUUGUCAGAGCCUGGCCAGGAGGUGUUGGAGACUGUAAGAUGGGGGGAAAUUACGGUCCCACCAUACUUGCUCAAAGAGAUGCAGAAAUGCAAGGCCUACAACAGGUUCUGUGGUUGUAUGGUGAAGAACGGCAGAUCACAGAGGUUGGAACCAUGAAUAUAUUUAUGUUUUGGAUUAAUGAGGAUGGAGAACAGGAACUGAUCACUCCACCACUCAAUGGUUUAAUUCUUCCUGGAAUUACGCGGAAAUCGUUGCUAGAACUGGCCAAAAGCUGGGGAGAAUUCAAAGUUGUAGAAAAGGAAUUCAAUAUGGAUGAAGUUAUUCAAGCUGUACAAGAAAAUAGGAUAAAGGAAAUGUUUGGAGCGGGAACAGCCUGUGUGGUUUGUCCAGUGAACAGAAUUCUUUACGAGGGACAAAAUAUUAUGAUUCCCACCAUGGAUAACUUAGAAGUCACUAAGAGAUUUUACGAUGAGCUAACUGCGAUACAGUAUGGUCGCACUCCUUCUCCUUGGAGCGAAAUUGUGGAUUAAAUACUGAAAGAUGAGCGGGCGCCGAUUACUUUUUAAUACAGAAAAUGUACGUGUCGAGGAACGUGUUUGAGCAAGUUAUUGUGAUUUAGAAACUCGCUUAAAGCGGUUUGUUCAUGUGAUUGGUUAAAAGAGGCUUAAGGAAAACCUGCCCAACCAAUCAGAUGAAAAACCGAUCACGUACUGAUUUGAAGACAAGGGUCAAACUCUUGCGCAAUUCGGAACGUUGUAGAGGCUAGGUGGCGGACUUUCAGGCUGUCAGAACCAAAUUGUCUUAUAGACAAACACCCAAGAGAGUAAAUGGCAUUGUUUGAAAACCGUGUAACUCUUUUAGUUAAGCUCUAAACCAAACUGAUAAACUAGCAGGAUACCGGUGACUUAAUAAGCGAAAAGUGUCGAGUUUUCCUUUUCUCUACUGUUGUUUCCUAUAACAGAAUUUCAUGAGACUUCCAAUUUUUUUUUCGGAAAUUUUGCGCGACAGCGGUUAUUUCAUAUAUAUUUUCCUUUGAAAAUUUGCGCGGGAAUUUGGUGCGCGGCCAGUUAAGUUGAUCCCCUUACGCAUGCCUUACGUUUGACCGCUGUGUUGCGGUUUUGUCGCGUGCGUUUUCCCGCGCAUAACACUGACACGUGAACGGAACUUUAAUGGCUAGAAUUUUUUUCCCAUUUUGCUGUAGCUCUGAAGUGCUUCAAGAAAGAUACGUUUUACUGGGCUGGUCAUGCGAGAGCUCUUUAAUUUUUUCAUAAAAAAAUAUAAGCACUAUCGGGUUGCCCUUGUAAUAAAAAUUUAAUCUUUUAGUGGUGCUCUAAAGAAUAGUUUCCACAUGAUCAUCGUUGCUGGAAAGAGCUUGUUACAAAGGCUUGUUGAACAGCGGUCGUCAUCUGUGGUUUUAGUUUGGAUGUAACAUUGUCAAAGUGACUUUACUACUUAUUUAAGGUAACGAUUAAAUUUAGGUUAGUUAGGCUUUUGUUUUGCUUCAAAGUGGUACGAUAGAUUCUUGUCAAGGUGGAGUACAAUGGGUUUGUUAAACCGCAUCAUAAUGUUUUAAGUAUUUUGUUACAACUCAGUCAUCGUUGUUUUAACUUAUUAUUUCUGCUUCUUAACCCUCUGUAUUGUCUAGUAGGUUUAAGAAACAGGGUGCACCCUAUUUAGAAGUAAAAACAUUUUUUUUCCUUCCCUUUAGUAGUAGUAGUUGUGUGACACUUUGUUUAUCCAAACAUUAGUGUACUCUGGUAAACUGUAGUAAAAUAUAAUAAUUUUUUCAUAA